UAUUUAACACCGCCCCCACCCCACCUCUCCUGCUCCUUCAUUCCAAGCACCACCUGCUCCUCUCCUCCAACCCACGCGCCCACGCACGCACUAACUACCUCCCUUCCCCGGAGCUCGGCGGAGAGACAAGAAGCCAAGCCACCGCUACGUACGCCAUGGGCGAGGACAAGAAGGAGAAGCCGGGCAAGGCAGACGGCGGCGACCAGAAGAAGGACGCCGCGGCGGCGGCCCAGCCCAUCGUGCUCAAGGUCGACUUGCAUUGCGCCGGCUGCGCCACCAAGGUUAAGCGGGCCAUCAAGAACGCCCCUGGCGUGGAGUCGGUUAAGACUGACACGGCGGCCAACAAGGUGGUCGUCACCGGCGCCGCGGACGCGGCGGAGAUCAAAGAGCGCAUCGAGGCCAGGACCAAGAAGCCCGUUCAAAUCGUCUCCGCCGGAGCCGCCUCGCCCAACAAGGACAACAAGGAGAAAGACAAGGACAAGAAGCCCGACGCCGGCGAUAAGCCGGAGAAAGAGAAGAGCAAGGCAGCAGACAAGGAGAAGGGCGGUGCCGGUGCCGGUGCUGAGAAAAAAGAGAAAAAAGUGGAAACCGCCGACAAGCCCAAGGAGGAGGAGAAGAAACCAAAGGAGCCCAAAGAGGAGACGGUGACGCUCAAGAUCAGGCUGCACUGCGACGGCUGCAUCGACCGCAUCAAGCGGCGCGUCAACAAGAUCAAAGGAGUGAAGGAAGUGACGGUGGACGCUGCCAAGGACCUGGUGAAGGUGACUGGCACCAUGGACGCAGCCGCCCUGCCGGGCUACCUCAGGGACAAGCUCAGUCGGCCGGUGGAGGUGGUCACCCCCGGCAAGAAGGACGGCGACAAGAAAGACGACGGGGAGAAGAAGAAGGACAAGGGCGCUGGCGAGGGCGGCGAAAAGAAGAAGGACGGCGGUGGCGGCGGCGAGGACAAGAAGGACAAGUCCGCGGCGUCCGUGGCGCCGAUGCCCAUGGCGGACCCGAGCAUGUACCAGAUGCCCCCACAGUACGGCUACAUGCCGUACACCCCGGCGCCCGUCGGCUACUACGGCCCCGCCGCCCCGCCGCCGAACCCCGGCUUCUACCCGAACGCCGGGCCCCAGUACCCGCCGCCCUACGCGACGUACCCCGCCCACGCGCCCCAGAUGUUCAGCGACGAGAACCCCAACGCCUGCUCCGUCAUGUGAGCAGCCACGCCACGCCACGCCACGAGCCGACGAGCACGACGCGAAGCCCAGGCUCGCCGCCGCAGCAUCAGUUAUCAAACCAGAGAAGCACGGCCUGGGCUUAGCGCGCGGUACCAUUAGCCUAGCUAGCAGCUGGUAGUUACGUAGCUUAGCGCACCGAGAAUUAGCAGACAUGUAAAUGGCGACAGCGAUCCCGUCCCGCGAUGUUAAUGUAAUGUUCCACGAUCCAUCCGACAAAUUUUUGUUGGAAUAUUAGGCAAGUUCAUGAUUAAUUCUAGUAAA